AUGGUGUCAUUAAGAUUAGAUAAUAAUAGAUAUAUAGCAUUUAAUCAAGAUUACGGUUGUUUAUGCAUGGCCAAUGAAAAAGGAUUCAAGAUUUACAAUACGAAUCCCUUUACGCAAACAUAUAGUAGAGAUCUUACAGACAGGAACAAAAAUGGGCUAUAUUUAGCAGAAAUGCUAUAUCGAUGUAAUAUUUUAGCUAUAACAGGUAAUAAAAAUGAUAAGAAGGGUAAAUGGGCAAAAAAUGUGUUAAUUAUUUGGGAUGAUAGACAGAUGAGAGAAAUAGCUAAAUUAACAUUUUCUUCAAAUAUUAUUGGUGUUAGGUUGUUAAGAGAAAUAAUUGUUGUAAUACUAGAAUAUAAAUUAUGUAUAUAUAGAUUAAAAGAUAUAAUAUUAUUAGAAACGUUGAAUACUUCAAAAAAUUUAUCAGGACUAUGUUGUCUAUCAAAUAUUGAUAAAAAUGUUAUUAUUGCUUAUUUGUCACCUAUAAAAGGUAGAGUUAAUAUUCAUAUAUUUGAAAUAAAUUCAAGUGAAAAUAUACAUGAGGAAUUACCUUACAUUAAUUUUAAGACUAAUUUAAGUAUUUAUGCACAUGAUAAUUCUGUGGCAUGUAUUAAUUUAAGUAAUGAUGGAAAAUUAUUAGUAACAUCAUCUACAAAAGGUACUAUUAUAAGAUUGUUUAAUACUUUUGACGGAACAUUAUUAAAUGAAUUUAGAAGAGGAACAAAAAAUGCGAAAAUUUUAUCAUUAAAUAUUAGUGAAGAUAAUAACUGGCUUUGCUUAACUUCAAGUAGAAACACUGUUCAUGUAUUUUCAAUAUAUAAAAAAAAAAGACCAUUAAGAAAAGUAGAUAUAAUAUGUAAAGGAAAAAAUUUAUCACCUCCAGCAUUAUUAAAUUAUGAAAAAGAGUCCAAAAAUAAAAAAUCAAGUUUAAAAUGUUUAUUACCAUGUCACCCAUAUUUAAAUAGUGAAUGGAGCUUUGCUUCAUAUAAAUUACCUGGUAAAAAAAUUUCAUCUAUUUGUGCUUUUGUUAAUGAUCAAAAUUGUAUUAUUGUUAUUUGUUCAAAUGGAAUUAUAUACAAGUUAAGGUUUAAUGAGCACAUUGGUGGAGACAUGUUUAAAAUAUCAUCACACAGCUUCGAUUAA